CCUCACCUAACCUAACCUGACUUUUCUCCUUUCCAGCAGUGCCAUGACCAGCCUAGCCCUGGUGGCACUAAUCCUCCUGCAGUGCCACCAGGGGUCCCUAGAGUGCCAAGCAUCCCCGGCACCCUCCCUCCCCUGGGGCCUGGCUGUGGGGAAUGCCAAGGGGGACAGUGGGGGUGGGGGGGUUGUACAGAUAAGACAGAGAAUUUGGACGCUCAUGAUGGUGUGUGUGUGUGCGUGAUGCAUGUGUGUUGUUAGAAGAAACACACACACAGCACCUCAACACUGUGAAGGAUGAGGCAGAACAAGAAGCAACACUGGCAACACACACACAGCACCUCAACACUGUGAAGGAUGAGGCAGAACAAGAAGCAACACUGGCAACACACACACAGCACCUCAACACUGUGAAGGAUGAGGCAGAACAAGAAGCAACACUGGCAACACACACACAGCACCUCAACACUGUGAAGGAUGAGGCAGAAUAAGAAGCAACACUGGCAACACACACACAGCACCUCAACACUGCAGAAGACAACACACAGGGUCACACUACACCUCAAAGAACACUUGAAGCCAACACACAACACCCUAAAACUGCUACAGACAACACAAAACACCACAAGACACCCAAAACAACACAAGACACACACACACACAUCACAAAACACACACGCAUCACAGGACACCCCAAACAACACAGGAAACACACACACACCACCACAAAACACCCCAAACACACACAAACCACCCCACAACACCACCACCACCACCACCACCACCAGACACACACCAAACACACACCCUCAAAGAAAACCAUCCCAACAAACAAAGCCCAACUGAUACCCUCCGCCCCCUCCAUCCACCCACCUCCCUGGCACCCACAUCCACUUGGUGCCACACGAUGCCUCACUCCACCUUGCAAUGCCACUUUGAGAACCUUUACUACAGUCCGGUAUACCAAGAAUUUGCAUUUGUGCUGGGAAAAGACUCGGCACUGGAAGGUGUGGACAGCGUGGAGGCGUUACAGAACCGCCUCCACCUGUCUACAGCACUGGGACACAACGGUUUCCUCUUCCAUGUCACGGCUGUUCCACGCGAUGCAGUUCAAGGGGAGGUGUGGAGUCUGGAUCACCACACGCUUGUAAUGGCGCGUUUCAAGCCGGAUAAUUUGUUCCACGUGCUUCAUGACGACGUCAACGAGGAUGUGGGUAACACGCGCACACACCCACACUACCCGCCACACUUUGGGGGUAUUCAGCAUCUACCUCAGGAAGAGAGAAGGCGUGUUGUGUCGUCGCUACGCGGAGACAAGCUGGUGAAUGUGACGUGUUGCAUGGACGUUGACUGGCUCUACAGGAUCUACCAGGAUACGGUGGUCAGGUUGCACGCACAUGGCGACGCACACGGGCACGCACAUGAGGCUCACACGCGCACAAACACACACAGACGCACACGUACAAAUGCACUUGAGGUUAACGCACACAGAAACGCACACAGGGCCACACGUGAGGCUGACACACACACAGACGCACAUAGAGACCCAGACGCACACACAGAUGCACAUGAGGGUGUUCUCAAGAGUGUUCCCUUCAGUGUGAUGUUGAGAGAGGGGCUGUCAUCACUACACUCAUCACCACAGUCACCACCAUUACAGUCAUCACCACAACCAUUGCUUCAGUCAUCCCUUGGGUCAUCACACACACUAAAUAUAUAUAAUCUGGCCACACCAAAUAAGGAAAAAUGUAAUCUGGCCACACCAAAUAAGGAAAAAUGUAAUCUGGCCACACCAAAUAGAGAAAAAAUGUAAUCUGGCCACACCAAAUAGAGAAAAAAUGUAAUCUGGCCACACCAAAUAAGGAAAAAUGUAAUCUGGCCACACUAAUUAAGGAAAAAUGUAAUCUGAUCACACCAAAUAAGGAAAAAUGUAAUCUGGCCCCACCAAACAAGGAAAAAUGUAAUCUGGCCACACCAAAUAUUUCAUUAAAGACUGAUAAAACUUUUCAUAA